AGCUUUUUGGCAACUGCAGUACUUUUUUUGAAGUGGGCGUGGCUUAGUAGGAACACGCUAGGAUUUUGAUUGGCCGAUGCUCGGCGAUGACGUUGAAUCGCGGAAACCGAAACUUAAGCAAUCCUCACGUUGCGGAGAAAAGAAAGCGAGCUCGCCUCCGGGAUCGACGUCGCUUUAAACUCACACUGCUAGUACCGUGUUAAGUUUAUUAAAAAUAUUAAAAAAAUAAAAACACGGCGAGGCGUUUUUAUUAACGGUCGUCCGCUGACUGCGUGACGUCCUGCGUGCUGACGUCAUCAGCGUGAACGCCCGGCGAUCUUCUGCCACCGUUUUUAGUUUGUUUUGUUUUCCUUAGCUGUGCAAUGGACUCUCUGUUGGCGAAUUAUAUAGCUCAGCUCAACGUGUACCAGCAGAAGACGCAGUGCUCUGUGGAGUAUGAGGAGGGAUCCACUGAUGGACCGAGUCACGAUAAGACGUUCGCUAUGAGGGCUGUUGUUAAUGGACAGCGGUAUCCUGAGGGCACUGGGAAAUCCAAGAAAGAGGCCAAGCUAAAUGCUGCUAAGAACGCCCUUAAUGGCAUACACGACAGUCAGAAUAUUGCACCUACCGUAUCGAAUUAUGUUAGCUGGCUUAAUGAAUAUUCACAAAAGAAGAAGUUGUCUUUCAAGCCUCGCGAGUCCACUAAGAUGAAUCCCGGAAACGUUACUCAGUUGAGCACGUACGUUUGUAAGUAUAUUUGUGGUGAUAAAGUGUAUCCCGAGGCUUUGGGAAAAAAUAAGAGGGACGCGAAAGAAGCAGCGGCGAAGUGCGUUUAUGAAGAGCUGCUCAAAACACAGGAUGCAGAGGUCUUCGAUGACGGCAGCAAUCGAACGCAGAGGUCAGAGGUCGCGUCUCGUAGCGCCAGCCUGGACCGCUUCAGUUCGAGUUUUGCCGAUGAAUCUCGGAGCACCACGCCUGACAGCAACUACAUAGCGCAGCUCAAUCACUACUGCCAGAAGCAUAAACGCGUGCUUGAUUUCAAACUAGUGGACAAGAGAGGCCCCGCUCACAGCCCCGAGUUCGUGUACAAAGCUGUCCUAAACAAGAAGGAAUACCCCGAAGGACGAGGGAAGAGCUCGAAAGAGGCGAAGCAGCAGGCCGCUCGGCACGCUUGGAACGAAAUUAACGAUCGCUCUGGAUGGACCGCACAGAGCUCUGAAGACGAAAGCCCCUCGCAAGCUGAAGAGGCGAGUAAUACUCCGGAUGCUCAACACUCCUCUGAAACUCCCAGCUCAAGUUCUUCUGUCGUCUUCAAGAACUCAUCUGCCGCCGGUCCUCCUCUGGUCGCAAGUCCUGGUAAGAGUGCACUGGAUGUGAAGCCGAAAAUAAAAUUAGCGGCAAAUUUUAAUCUGUCACCAAAUGGCCUGGCCGGGAGUAGAGAGGUAUUGUUUACCAGUAACGGGGAAGGAAACGAGUACAAAAAAAAUGUAUUUGUGCGCCGAUUUGUUUAUUGUGAAAGCCGCCUAGAGGUCAGGCGUCCGAGCCAAGCGGCGAAGUCGAGGUUUUUAGAAGACUUCGACUCGAUAAGCGCGGUCGGCAAAGGUGGCCGGCGCCGCGUCUUCAAGGCAAGGCGGAUAUACGAGAACACGUACUACGCGGUGAAGAUCGUGAAGAGCACCAAAAAAGCUCGCCGCGAGGUCGGCGCUUUGGCGAAGUUCAACAACCCCAACAUCGUCCGCUACUACGUGCUGGGAGGAGGAUCGGCGUACAGACACGACUCCUCAGACAGCUACACGUCACGUCUCUCUGUCCCUUGCAGCUCUGGCAGCGACCCGGGGACCAAGUUCCUCUACAUCCAGAUGGAGUUCUGCGAGGGAGACACGCUUCGGGCCUGGAUCGACCGGAAAAACUCCCCGAAUGCUAUUAACCCAGAGAGGAGGACGGAGGCGGCGCGGAUCCACAGGCAGGUGCUGGAGGCCGUGGAGUACAUCCACAAACAAGACUUGAUCCACAGAGACCUGAAGCCUUUGAACAUAAUGUUCAGCAGUGACGGGAAAGUAAAGGUUGGAGACUUCGGCCUCGUGACCGCGGCAGAAAAUGAAAACGAUGAGCAACUGCUGGAACGCACUAAAAGGACAGGGACCCGUGUUUACAUGAGCCCGGAGCAGGCCAAUCAGACAUCGUACGACAGAAAGGUGGAUAUAUACGCUCUGGGCCUCAUUUACUUUGAACUCAUCUGGAAUCUCUUCACGUCACAUGAGAAGAAAAAGAUUUGGGACGAUAUAAGAAGAAGGGAUUUUCCUCCACAGUUCAGCAAGAAUUUUAACUUGGAGCACAAGCUCAUAGCCCGGAUGCUGAGUCCCAGUCCUGAAGAGAGACCAGACGCCUCCGAGCUGAUCCGAGAGCUGGACCGGCACGCUGACAUCCUGAGCGCCGCCGAUAAAGACACCCGGACGGUUUUUAAAAAAAACCUCUCUAACCGAAGCCAAAUGUCUGAAAUGGAGAGAAAGAUCUGUGAUUUCUUGAGGGAAAACGGCAGAAGCAAGCCGCAGGCGAUCUCUAUCGAACUCGGAGUGGAUAAAAGCACCGUGAACAAACACCUGUACAACCUGGAGAGAUCAAAUCACGUGAUCAAAACCGACCACCGGCCGCCGGUGUGGGAGCUCGCGGAGAAUAACGACGGGGCGAAACGCGCGCUCGGACCGGGGGAAAGGUCGCGAGACGUGGAGGCUGCUCUCAGGUCCGGAGGGAAGAAAGCCCACCGCAUCGCCGAGGAGCUGGGUGAGUCCACAAGAACCGUCAAGAGGCUGCUGUACAGUCUGGAGGAGAAGGGGAAGGCCAAGAGAUGCGGCGAGAGCAGCCUGUGGACUCUGAACGGGGAGCAGAGCUUCAGCAGAGACGGUUCCUGUCCCGGUGACCCUGACCCGGAGUCGGUUUCAGGCUUGUCUUGCAGUUUCGACGUGAUCGCAACGCUUGGGGAAGGAGGCUACGGCUGCGUUUAUAAAGUCAAGCAUAAAAUCGACGGCGGGAUCUACGCCGUAAAGAGGGUCGUCUUAACCCGGAACGCCGAUUCUGAGGUGAAGGCGCUGGCCCGGCUGGAUCACCCCAACAUAGUGCGGUACGUCACGUGCUGGCCAGGUUCUGACGGCUGGACUUCAGAGCGAGAAAGAGGCCGAGCGUCCGGCACUUCGUCGGAUUUCGUGACCUUUGACAGGGACGGCUGUGAAGAGGACGACGAAGAAGACGAAGACAUCACAUCAGGAAUGGAAAGUCUGAGCGUGACAGAAUCAGCGUCCGCCGCCGAGCCCUCGGGAAGCGACAGAACUGACGCCUUAGACUCAAAGCACAGCAGGAGAUAUUUAUUCAUUCAGAUGGACUUCUGCGAGGGAGGAACACUGACGAACUGGAUAAAGGAGAGGAACUUCAUGGGAAAGCAAAGAAUCAUUACAGAAAUCCAUCGGAUAUUUUAUGAAAUUGUCACCGGAGUGGAAUACAUCCACGCCAACAAACUCAUUCACAGAGACUUGAAGCCUGAUAACAUGCUGUUUGGGGCCGAUGGCAAGGUGAAGAUCGGAGACUUUGGGCUGGUGGCGGCUCAGACCGAUCGGAGCGGGGACCCUAUAGAGAGGUCAAACAGAGGGACGGCGUCUUACAUGAGUCCUGAACAGAAAAGCAAGAAGGAUUACGACGAAAAAACUGACAUUUUUCCCCUCGGGCUCGUGCUGUUCGUGAUGAUCUGGGAAAUAUCCACCGUUAGUGAAAGAGACAAGCUGUGGCCGGGUCUGAGAGACCGAAGGUUUCCGGAAGGCUUCGGUGACCGUUACCCGACCGAGAGUAAGUUCAUCGUGAAGAUGCUGUCGUACUCACCAGAGCACAGACCGCACGCCAAAGCCAUAAAAGAAGAAGUGGAGAAGUUUUUCUCUCUGGAUCACAAUCUAAGCCAGAAAACUGUCUGAGUCUUUUAUGGACAGAAAUCGUCUCAGCAGUUCUUUUUAAAACAAUGAUUCGUUUUGAUGAUUUAAUUGAUUCAUGCGUGAUCUAAUGAACUAUUUAAAGAAAUAGUUCACCCAAAAAUGAAAAUUCUGUCAUCGUUCUAUUUUGGGUCAUCAUUGACUUCCAUGGUAUUUUUUUUCCAUCUAUUGAAGUCAACGGUGACCAAAACGUCCGGGUAGCAAACUUUCUUCCAAAAGUUGCGUUCGGCAGAACAAAGUAACUCAUGCGGGUUUGGAACUAGUCGAAAAUUAAUUUUCAUUUUGGCGUGAACUGUUCCUUGAGUGUUCUCUUAUUAAGAUGAUAAUAUAAACCGAGGAGUGGUUUUAUUUUUUUACAUAAUAAUAAUGUCAAAUAAUGUUCUCUUUGUGUAUUCAUCAUAAUCAAAUUCAUUUCAUUUGAUGUUGCGGGGCUGCUUUUAGAAAUCCUAGUAAUUUUAGGAAUUGUUGCAUGAAACUGAUAUGUGACUGCAAUGUGACCGCAUACUCAAAGUUGCCGUUGUUUGGUUGAAAUGCAAUAUCGUGCGAUAAUGUGAAAACAUUUUGUGCUGGCGGAGAAGAUUUCUGCUUCAACCUUUAACCUUUGACUUUAAGCCAUCAUGUGUUUUUCUUUGUCAAACGUACUGUUUAUGCUGGAAUAAGAAAGAAAUAUUAUUUCAUUAAUGUCAACAAUAUAAAUUUUAUUAAAGAAACUGUUACUAAAAUUGUUGCCAGAACCAUUCGGUUAUAUUUGAAUUGUAUUUCAAUGCUUAAAUUUGGGACGAUGUUACCAUUUUAAAUAGAAAUUAUUAAUACAAUAUAUAUGAAACAGU